AUGGAUGCGUGUCUGAGCUCCGAGCAGCAGCCCCGGCCCCUGGACGAGGCUCCGAGCCCCCCGGAUGACGAGGCUCUGCACACAGAUGGCACCAGCAGACCCCCAGGAGAUUUUAACGAGAUAGAAGCAUCGCUUCGAAGCCUCCAGAAAUUUGUUCCUACGAAUUAUACCAGCUACACCCAGGAGUAUUAUCAGUUUGUGGGCAAGAAGAUUGUCAUUCAAGAAUCCAUCGAGAGUUACGGAGCAGUGGUGUGGCCGGGGGCCAUGGUGUUGUGCCAGUAUUUGGAGGAACACACAGAGGAACUCAAUCUUCGAGGUGCUAAGAUACUGGAAAUCGGUGCUGGACCAGGCCUCGUUUCCAUUGUGGCCAGUAUUCUAGGGGCUCAAGUCACGGCGACAGAUCUGCCUGAUGUGCUGGGGAACCUACAAUAUAAUCUCCUAAAGAACACACUCAACUGUACCACGUAUCUGCCGGAAGUGAAGGAGCUGGUGUGGGGGGAGGGCCUGGAGCAGAGCUUCCCCAAGUCCAUGCUUUCCUACGAUUAUGUGCUGGCCUCCGACGUGGUCUACCACCAUUACUUUCUGGACAAGCUGCUUGCCACCAUGGCAUACCUCUGCCAGCCAGGAACGGUGCUGCUCUGGGCCAACAAGUUCAGAUUCAGCACUGACUAUGAAUUUUUAGAUAAAUUCAAGCAAGUUUUUGACACGACACUCUUGGCUGAAUCUCAAGAGUCAUCAAUCAAACUCUUUAAAGGAAUACUAAAAUGGGACUGA